UGCAUGGCCAUGCUGAAGAGGGAAUGAAAAACAAAGCAGCACCUAUCGCUACAUCAGACACCAUCUUUGAGCUGGGCUUUGAGAAAACUCUGAAGAAGCAGAACAAAGAGCAAGUGCCUCCAGCCCCUGCCCCCGAGCAGCAUCGCAGAAAACAGAACAUGGGGAAAAAUGCUAAAAAGUCAACUGCAGUCGAUGCAGGACUCAAGCAAGGCAAAUUCCGAACGCUGGAAGAUGCACUGAAAGCUCUUGAUUUGACAGAACUUCAGAAGGAGCUGGAUAAAAGUCAGAACGUGUUCCCUGAGAACCCAUCUGUGUGGGUUAAAGACCUGGCUGGAUAUCUAAACUACAAGCUGCAGACCCCUCGGAGUGACCCCACGCUCAGCCAGCAUACUCCUGAUUACCCCUACAGUCUCGUGAGCAAGGAGCUGAGAAGCAUCAUCAAGCCCCUGCUAGUGAAAGCCUCCAGCGUGCUGGAGCUCUUCUUCGACCACUGUAUUUAUACCAUGUUGCAAGAGCUGGACAAAACUGCUGGGGAGUCGCUGCAUGGAUACCGGAUCUGCAUACAGGCAGUGGUGUUGGACAAGCCUAAAAUUGCAACAGUGAAUCUGGGCAAGUACUUAGAGCUGUUACGGUCCCAUCAGAACAGGCCAAUGAAAUGCCUCACAAUCAUGUGGGCUCUGGGACAAGCUGGAUUCACAGACCUCACUGAAGGACUGAAAGUGUGGCUUGGCAUUAUGCUUCCAGUGCUGGGGAUCAAGUCCCUCUCCCCGUAUGCGAUUGCCUACUUGGACCGGCUGCUGAUGACGCACGCAAACCUGACCAAAGGGUUUGGCAUGAUUGGACCAAAGGACUUUUUCCCACUCUUGGACUUUGCCUUUAUGCCCAACAACUCCUUAUCAUCCAGCUUGCAGGAGCAGUUACGCCAGUUGUACCCCAGGCUGAAAGUGCUAGCGUUUGGCGCUAAACCUGAGACCACGCUGCACACCUACUUCCCCUCCUUCCUGUCCAGAGCCACUCCAAACUGUCCUGCCGACAUGAGAAAUGAGCUCCUGAUCUGCCUGAGUGAGUGCCUGAGCAUGGAUGCCCUGAGCUUCAGCGUCUGGCGGCAGCUGUACACUAAACACCUCUCCCAGUCCAGCUUGCUCCUGAACCAUCUGUUGGAGUCUUGGGACAGCACCUCCAGAAAAGUGCGAAAAUCUCUCCAGGAAACGGUUCGUUCGUUCAAAGUGACUAAUGAAGAACUUGCCGUGAAAGGACCAAACAGCCUCCAGGAUCUAGCUGCCUGCCAUGCCACCUGCAAGAACCUGUUGCAUAAGAUGAAAGGCCGUGGCUUCCCCUGGGUUCGACUGCUGCUUGUGGUUCUGGUGUUCGCUGCUGGCUUCCUGGUGCAUGAUAUCAGGACACAGGGGUCUUUUCAAGCUUCUUCUGCUCACAUCCUUCGCUCCUCGGGCAUCCUGUCGGUCUCCCAGCAAGCCUGGAACAAAGUGUCCCACUACUCCCUGGAAGGAUACAGCUGGUUGGAGAAGAACGUCCCUGUUUACUAUUCCCAAGUGCUGACGGUGUUGGGACCAAACCUGAAACUGGUUUGGACAAAGACCAAUGAGACUGCAGUUUACGUCUCUGGGAAAUGUUCCUCUCAGAUCUCUUGGGUCAAAAACAACCUGCCCUGGUUCAUGGAGUGGCUCCAGGCCCGGGUUCCGGACUUCGUGCUGCAUGUCACUGAAUGCAUCAAGGAGCUGUUACUCUUCCUCCUGCAGAGCUGCCUGCUGCCGGCCCUGGAAUCCAUAGGCACAGCCCUUGAGCGGGGAUGGGAGCUCUGUGUGGACGCCUGCAAUGGAGAAGUAUCGUGGGAUUGCCUGAGAAAACAUCUGACAAGCUUUACCUAUUCCUCUUGGCUAUACCUGCAGAACACAACGCUAGCCAUCAAGAACUGGGCCCUGGCCAUGAUUUCUGGACACUAGAGUCUGGCUCUCUGGAGCACUGGGGACGACGUUCACGUCGUUAAUCUCCUCAUGUCAUGAUGGAUGGUGCCGACAGUGCAUUUUCAGUGUAGCUGCAUUGAAGGGUUGGAGCAGCAGGUGUCUGCACAGGUUGAGACGCAGGGGUAGCUGGGGAGGUUUUCCCUGGGGCGACAUGUCCAAGCUUUAUGCACCCUGUGCUUUAGUUUUGGUUAUUGAUGUCCAGCUCCCCAACCCCGGCCCGUAACUCUGGCAAGUGAGCUGCUGACUGUGCCUUUCCACCUGGGCCUGGCACGGUCUUCAUGGUGACGUUACCUGGAAGGGUGGCGGCUCAGGUGUGCCCACUGCACCACAUAGACAUCAGUGGCUGCCUGCCCAGGCUAGCCUGGCGCCUCGGCCCUCGUGUGUCUGGUGUUGAGUGCUGUGUAGCAGCCCACGAGCUCUCUUCUCCAUUGACUCCCCCGGCCCCAACCGCUGUCACUUAGUUUGCUGAAUCUUGCCAGGCAGCCUCAGGACACCUAUUGUGCUCUGAUCCAUUGCCCUGCCCAGGGGGCAGCCGUCCAGAGCCCCCCUCGGCCAGAGCAAACCUGCAUUGACAACAUGUCAGUUGUUCCCAGCUGCCCCCCCAAACUAACAGCUGAGGGACUGUGCUGGUGGCUUUCCAAAGAGCUGCAACA